GUGAAAAAUUAAAAAAAAAAGAAAAGGGAGAGACUGCUCCUAGGACAACAUGAACCAUUUCUCUAUAAAUUCAUGCAUGCCAUAUUCCAGUUUUGUGUCUUUCUCAUCACUGUCAUCAGCUAAAAACACAGUGUGGUAGACAAAGAAACACACUGAAAAGAAAAAAAAGAAAGAAAAAAAAAAUCAUGGAAAGCCAACAACAUCAACACGGUAGCAAUAUGAAUGUUGCAAUUCCAUCGACAUGGGGAAGUGGAAGCAACCGAAUAGCCUCCUUGAAGUCCCCCCCACCGCCUACUUCCGUCUCUAAUGACAACUCCGACAAAAACACUACCGACCACCAUCCCGACGAUGUCCAGAAACGUGGAUGGAGAAAGUUUCUGUCUUAUGUAGGCCCAGGAUUUCUUGUCUCUCUGGCAUAUCUCGACCCCGGAAACUUGGAAACUGAUCUGCAAGCUGGAGCUAACCAUGGAUAUGAGCUACUGUGGGUGAUCCUUAUCGGAUUGGUUUUCGCUCUCAUUAUCCAAUCACUUGCGGCAAACCUCGGUGUGACUACGGGGAAACAUCUUGCAGAGUUAUGCAAGGCUGAGUAUCCACUAUUAGUCAAGUACUGUUUAUGGUUAUUAGCAGAGCUUGCGGUCAUAGCUGCCGACAUACCCGAAGUGAUCGGAACAGCUUUUGCACUGAACAUACUGUUCAACAUCCCCGUUUGGGUUGGAGUUCUGUUAACUGGUGGUAGCACUCUUCUCCUUUUGGGCCUUCAAAGAUAUGGGAUAAGGAAGCUGGAAAUGCUAAUAGCAGUUCUAGUGUUCAUAAUGGCAGCGUGUUUCUUUGGAGAGAUGAGUUAUGUGAAGCCGCCGGCGUCGAAGUUGUUGAAAGGGAUGUUUGUACCGAAGCUCGGUGGCAAAGGAGCCACCGGCGAUGCCAUAGCCCUUUUGGGUGCCCUUGUUAUGCCGCAUAAUCUUUUUCUCCAUUCGGCUCUUGUGCUGUCUAGAAAAGUACCCCACUCCGUCCGUGGAAUCAAUGACGCAUGCCGAUUUUUCUUGAUGGAGAGCGGAUUUGCAUUAUUUGUAGCAUUGUUGAUCAACAUUGCAGUUGUAUCGGUAUCAGGAACUGUUUGCAAAGCUGAUAAUCUCUCUGGUGUAAAUAAUGAUAGAUGCAAUGAUCUCACUCUCAAUUCUGCAUCUUUUCUCCUACAGAAUGUGUUGGGACGAUCAAGCAAAAUUAUCUAUGCCAUUGCACUGCUAGCCUCUGGCCAGAGCUCUGCCAUUACAGGCACUUAUGCAGGACAAUAUAUUAUGCAGGGGUUCUUGGAGCUUAAGAUGAAGAAAUGGAAAAGGAAUUUAAUAACAAGGUGUAUUGCCAUUACACCAAGUCUCAUUGUUUCCAUUAUUGGUGGAUCUUCUGGAGCUGGCCGACUCAUUAUCAUUGCAUCGAUGAUCCUAUCUUUUGAACUUCCUUUUGCUCUACUCCCACUUCUAAAAUUCAGUAGCAGUGCCACCAAAAUGGGACCCCACAAGAACUCCAUUUUUAUUGUCAUAUUCUCAUGGAUUUUAGGCUUUGGAAUAAUUGGAAUCAACAUCUAUUACCUAAGCACAGCAUUUGUGGACUGGGUGAUCCACAGCACUUUACCAAAAGCUGCUACAGUUUUCAUUGGGAUUAUAGUAUUUCCUCUAAUGGCCAUCUACAUACUUGCUAUCGUAUACUUGACAUUUCGAAAAGAUACUGCAGUAACAUUCGUCGAUACUACGAAGAACACCACCUUUACGGAGAUUGAAAUAGGAAAUGGAGCUGUGAAUCCUGAUCGCCCACAUGACCAUAUCCCUUAUAGAGAGGAUUUAGUUGAUAUUCCUCUUCCUCAGUAGAGUUCUCUUUUUUUGUUUUUUUCAACUUCCAUGGUAAUCAAAGAAUUGCUAUUUAUCCAAGCAAAGUUCGAUUGCCAUUUUCAUUGGAGUUGCAAAGACGGGAACGGUAAAGAAUCUGAAACAAGUUUGGUCGUUCAAGGAUUUGCAAUCUCCUCAAUGGAAAUUGUAACCAAAAUUAGCGAGUACUGUUUGUGAUGGAAUAACUUGUAAAAGCUCUGAUGUAGUUUUUAUAGAACCAAAAAUAUAUGUUUAAUACGAUAAUCGUACUUUUGGUUGCAUA